UUUCAGUUUUGAAGAUCACUUUGCGCCGAACGGUUGAACAGCGCUCUGUGUGUGCGUGAAACCGAAGCGUGUGCAAGAGAGAGAGAGAGAGAGAGGGAGCCUAUAAUUAAUUUGUGUACUUAAGGCAUUAAUAAAUACAAUACGAAACAAUAAAAACAAAAUCAAGCUGUGCAAACCAAACAGCAACAUAAACUUCCCCCCUUGAUAACGAUUGCGAUUUGUGUGACUUCUUCAAUCGCGGGUCAAGCCGAUCAACGAUAUCAAUGUCAAGUGAUCGAGCAACGAUCGAUUGACAAGUGCGGCGGGGUCAGAAGUGCGCUGAUUAAACACCGUUCAAUAGAAGCACGAAACGAAACAGAGAAAAAAGAAACGACAAAAAAAACAAAAAAACAAGGUGGAAACGGCGCGAAACACGUUUUGGUUGUGUGUUUUCCAGAAAGCAACGACAACGAACAACGCACAAAUCAAAUAACAACAAAAUAACUGAAAUUAUUGUCGCUGAAAACAGGCCCCAAAAAAAAAGUGAAUACGAAAAAAAACAAAACAAUAACAGCACAGCGCAGCCGGCUGUUGUGCUCAGGGCCAGGCUAGAUCGUUUUAGACCAGAUCGGAAGUGAUCGCAGUGAACUUGCCAGCUGAAGUCGAAGCUCAAAGCUCGAACUCGAGCUCGAUCUCAAUCUCGGAAGCGUGUCGAGUGCUCUGGCCAAAUAUGAGCAUAAGCCACUAGCCUACAGAGACAGACGCGUAAUCCAAGCAGCCGUGACUUGCACACAUACACAUACCUACACACACACACUUAUAAUAAAUAUAUCGACCUCUCACUCGCACUUGAAGAAGAUGGAACGCUCGCAUAGCUGCAGCAAUUUCGCUGCGCAAACGAUUGCGCAACUGCAAGCGGAGCCGCCACUUGCCACCAGCAGCGACAACUUGCCUCAGAGCUGCCACAACAGCCACUUUCCGCCCAACAAGCCGCUGCGCAAGCGCCGCAAGCUGCAGCGCCAACAAUCGGUGCAUGUAGACGAUGCGGCCAUGGACUGUGAAUGCGCCUAUGCCGCCGAUCUCGAGGAGAAUGUGGAUGCGGAUGCCGAUGAUGAUGAUAAUGUGCCGCAUCUGCUGCCCAGCAAACAUGCCACACAGCUGCUGCAGCGUCAUAUCUCGUGCAGCAGCCAAAGCAGCGGCGGGCACAGUCGCUGUCUGCGGCACGAGGAUUCCUUCGAUUCGUGCAGCACGGCACCUGACAUGAGUCCCCAAGCGGUGCGGCAACAUCGCUUUAGCAGUCUCCUGCUGCGCGACAGUUCCGUCUCCAUGCAAUCCGACUCGAGUCGCUACUCGAGUGUGGACAGUCUGCUGGAGUCACGCAAACCUGAUCCCGAGGCCAUACUCAUCAAUCUGGGCUUUGGCCCCGUCGGCACCGAGGACAUGUUGUCACGCAUUCCCAAGCGUUUCCUCAAACCCUCCAAGGUGCCGGGCAUCGACACGGAGGCGUUCGUCAAGCGUCUGCAGUUGGCCAGCUCGUUGGCCGAUUCGAGUGCGCUUGGCUAUCGGGGACUCACGUCCAGUUCGGAUCAGCCGCCGUCGUCGAUUGUGGCGAAGAUUAUGCAACGCUUCGAGGUUAACAAUCAGCGCAAAAAGUCCAUGGGCAACAUUGGCCACACGAUACGCUGAUCACUCUGAUCACUUGUCAGCGGGGAAUUCCCACAUUCCUCUUGUAUCUUGUAUUUUUAGUUGUUAAAAUCCCUCAUGUCAAUUGCAAUCCCAUUUUAUUUUUUGGUUUUAAGUUUUAUUCGUAAGUCAGCCAAGCCAAGCCAGCCAAAGGGGAUUUUCCCCCGUUUUGUGAUGUUCAUCUUGUCCAUUAGCUGUUAGUUUUGUGCCGCGUACUUAGCUCCAUAUUAUGUUAUGUAUUGUAUUACUGUACCAUUCAGAACCCACACAUUUGCCCAUCUAUUUACCAUUGUUUAGCAUUACGAAAAACAUUGUUAGAACUUAAGAUUUUAAGCAUUAAAAAUACGCAAAUUUACAAAUUGAAA